GCCCCUCGCCCGGCCCGGGACGGCGCCGCGGUGACGCCAUCCGCACGCGCCCGCCGCCGCCAGCUGCGAGAGCCGGCACAGCCAUGUGCCAGGUGGGCGAGGACUACCGGGAGCCCCCGGCCGAGGAGCCGCCGCCACCGCGGCCUGGCCGUGAGCAGAAGUGUGUGAAAUGCAAGGAAGGCUUGCCGGUCCUGGUGAUCCGGGCAGGAGAUGCCUUCUGCAGGGACUGUUUUAAGGCGUAUUACGUUCACAAGUUCAGAGCCGUGCUGGGGAAGAACCGGCUCAUCUUUCCAGGCGAGAAGGUUCUUCUGGCUUGGUCUGGGGGCCCUUCGUCCAGUUCCAUGGUCUGGCAGGUCCUGGAGGGUCUGAGUCGAGAGUCCGCCAAAAGGCUACGCUUUGUGCCUGGGGUCGUCUAUGUUGACGAGGGGGCCGCCUGCGGCCAGAGCCCAGAGGACAGAGCAAAGACCCUGGCCGAGAUGACCUCAAUCCUGCAGGCUGUGGGCUUUCCAUGGCACACCGUCGCCUUGGAAGAGGUGGGCGGCUUGUCUGGGUAUGAGGACCCUGCCCACUCCCCGCCCAGCAGGGAGUCCCUCUGGUGGCCUGAGGGUGCAGGGCAGGCUGGGGGCCGGGGGGCCCUGUGGCCUCUGAUGCUGCAUCCCGCUGGCUCUCCCCGUGCCCGGAAGGUGUUUGGCCUGCCCCCAUCGGCGCUGCGCUGCUUCGCCCAGGAACUGGCUGGGGGUGAGGAAGCCUACAAGGCAGCCGUGGACACGUUCAUCCAGCAGCAGCACGGGCUGGGGGCUGAGGGCGCCGGGCACAGCCCCUGCCCAGCGCUGGUGGAGGAGCAGCAGAGCCCGCCCAGGCCACCCCCGGCCGCCCAGACUGAGGCCCUGACCAGACUUUUUGACUCAGUGAAGACGCUGACGGCCAAGGAGGAGCUCCUGCAGGCCCUCCGGACCCACCUGAUCCUGCAUGUGGCCCGAGCCCACCACUACUCCAAGGUGCUGACGGGGGAGAGCUGCACGCGCCUGGCCAUCAAGCUCAUGAUCAGCCUGGCCCUGGGGAGAGGGGCCUUCCUCGCCUGGGAUACGGGCUUCUCGGAUGACCGGCACGGGGACGUGGUGGUCGCAAGGCCCAUGCGGGACCACACCCUGAAGGAGGUCGCCUUCUACAACCACCUGUUUGCCGUCCCGUCCGUCUUCACGCCAGCCAUCGACACCCAGGCCCCCGACAGAGCCAGCAUCCACCGGCUGAUGGAGGCCUUCGUGCUCCGGCUGCAGGCCCAGUUCCCUUCCACAGUCAGCACUGUGUACAGGACGAGCGAGAAGCUGGCCAAGGCGCCCAGAGACAAGCAAGCCACAGACUCUGCCAGCCGCUGCCUCCUCUGCAUGUGCACCUUGGACAUUGACCACGCGGACAGUGCCACAGCCUUCGGGGCCCAGACCUCCAUCUCGCUGGCUCAGGCCGAGGCUCCCGCGGCAUCCUGCUGCUUCCCAGGGGCCGGCGGGGCCCAGAGCUGCUGUGGGGAUGCCAGGCCCUGCGGGAGGGGGAGCCUCCGAGCCCACGUGGCCGAGCAGCUGUGCUAUGGCUGCCGCGUGAACCUGAAGGACCUGCCCUCCGUGGACCCCCUCCCACCCUACAUCCUGGCCGAGGCCCAGCUCCGCAGCCAGAGGGCUUGGGUGCAGCAGGAGAUCCAGGAGUGUCUGAUCGAGGACAGUGAGGACGAAGUGGAGACAGGCAGAGCUGAGCCCAGGACGCAGCCCCCUGGACCCAGCAGGACAGAGCAGAGCAGCCCCGGCUGAGUGUCCUGCCUGCUGCCCUCCCCGAGCCCCAGACACAGUGGCCCCGUGGGGGCACCACCGCAUGGGGAAGAGUGGGCCACGCCGAGCAGUAGGGCAGGGGUGAGGCCGGCUCCACUGAGGCUGUCCCCUAGCAUCGCUGUUCCAUUUGUAUAAAUAAAAAUGACUUUACUUAGAAA